GUAAACAACACAUGAAUGGGGCACAACUGGAUGGGUUCUGAAAUACUAAUGUUUACGCUAGUGGGAAGUCGAAGAAGGUACCUGAAAGACGUGACGAACCUAGAGGAGCAUUUGGCCAACGCGAAAAAAAUUGGCAUUUACUAGCAGAGUAUGAAAUUACCAUGGCGAUAUGCCAUCUGCCUGAUCCUACUGACUGUUGGAAUAGUUGUCGGUUACAACUGGUGUCAAAAGUCAACCCCUCCCAAGGAACUUUGGAAGUUAAAAGAACAUGUUCACCAUCAUCAGCGGACGCUCUCAGUUCAGGGUCGACCAGAGGUGGAAAACCCCAACAUCGGGAAAGAAGCUGACUCCUUGAUUUGUGAUGAGAAGAACGCGAUUUGUGAUGAGAAGAACGCGGAUUGCCAUGACAACAGACACGACAAUUGGAAACCUUUUCUUAACUGUGGACAAAUUGCAGAAGUGACAUUGGAGAAGAAAAUCGGUGAAGGUCUUGUCAAACAAGUUUUUCUCGGAAGAUUGCAAGAGAUGAGGUUUGCAUACGCCAACCUAAGUCAUCCUCGAUAUCUAGAAGACUUUCUCCACGGUGCCGAGAUGCUUCAAGCCAUGCAGAUCAACAAACAUGUUGUCCAGCUUCUUGGCUCAUGCCUCGAUGCCAACCCCCCAGUCAUCAUAACAGAAUACCAUGAACUGGGAUCUGCUGAAACGAUCGAAGAUAUCUUCUCACAGCAGCAAGGCCUUGCUGACAGAAACACACUCAGGACCCGAUUCCAUUUGUGCUUGGACUACGCCAGAAUCCUUUCUUUUUUACAUUCCAGCCCGGUUGGCACACGCAUCAUGUGCGAUAGUAACGACCCAACAAAAACACUCUCCCAGUUUUUGGUAACGAACGACCUACGUCUGGUCAUUAACGACCUGGAUGCCCUCCCAUUGGUCGAUCGCACCAGAGGAUUGCUUGCUAAAUGUGGCCAUAGACAACUCUUCGAUGACUUUGUCGCACCGGAACAGCUCUGGCCAUUCCAGGACAAGGCCUUCCAAGACGAAGACAUGCCACCUUACAACGAGAAAACGGACAUCUGGAAAGUACCAGAUAUAACUGAUUUACUUCUUGGGAAGGUGGAUCAUAGCGACAUUGUAAGGCUGCAUUUAUUUAAGCUCCACAAACAGUGCAAAGAAAGGGACCCAGCACUGAGACCAACUGCAAAAGAAAUACUUGCAAAGUACCAAGAGAUAUUUGAUUCCAUCGUUGGUGAUAGUGAUUAGAAACGACUGUUGUACAUUGUAAGUCUUGAGCAUACUUGAACAUUGGGACCUGUUGUUAAAGCAUGCAGGUUUGUUUCGUUCAAGCGUUAAAGCAAUGUAAGUGGGACCAAAGUGGUCCCAAAAAUGCACAUUUUUUUGCAAACAAAAACAAUAUUGAAAAUGCUUUAAUGUUUUGUUCAGAUUUCACAUAGAUGGAGAAACUCCUCACACAGUUUGUAAUUUAUAGACCUAACCUUUGCUUACCAUUUAAGCAAAACAAAAGUCACAAUCAAGUCUGGAAUUUCAUCUUUGAACAUUUUGCCACUUCCAUUGGAAAAUUUAAAAGUCAAUGGGAACUUUGUGAAGGGCACCAAGGCCAAGACCAGGGGCAACGGAGGCCAUGUCCUCCGUUGCCUGCAUGUAAUCCAGGCCUGCAUGCUAAGUUACCAGCUAUUCUAGUGCAAGCAGUUGAGUGAUACAAUGAUGCAGAAACUAUGCAAGUGACACACGCUUUCAAAUCUUGUCAUUUAUGAAAUAGACUUUUGGUACAUGUACAUGUACAUACAUACCUUCUGCGAUAGUUGGCACAAAAUCUUAAAGGAAUCGCACAACAUUGGUAAGCAGUAUUGUCCAAAGGCCCACACUUCGUGUAUCACAACUUAUAUAAAAUAACAAA